AUGCAUGAUUCGUUGGAUUAUAGUGGCGUAUUCGGAAAGAUUGAGGAAGAGACUGUUCCUAUGGGACUGACACACAAUUACCCCUUCACGUUCCUUGAGCGCGAGAAGUUGCUCCGGUACCUAUAUGAGAACCUUAAGAACAAGUCCAAAAUCCGACUGGGAAAUCGCAUAACGAACGUGGACCAUAAUUCGGAAGAGGUUAUUGUUCUCUGUGAAAAUGGUACUGCGGUCAGUGGCGAUAUCCUUGUUGGAUGCGACGGAGUCAACAGCACUGUUCGCCAGGCGCUAUGGAGAUUUGCCACGUCACAGGACCCUACUGCCUUCGACAUCAAAGAGAAGACAAUGCUCAUGGCUGAGUAUCAAUGCUUGUUUGGUAUCUCUGAAGCUUCUGAUAUCCUUAAAGGUGGCGAAGUCCAUAUCAACUACGAUCAAGGAUCUUCUUUUUUGACUAUCUGCGGUAAGGACAAGGUGUUCUGGUUCGUUUUCAAGAAACUGGACAAAGUCUACACAGUUCCGAACAUCCCUCGUUACACUAAACAUGACGCCGAGGUUUAUGCUUCCAGCUUCGAAGACGCUCCCAUCUGCGAUGGCCUGGAAUUUGAAGAACUCUGGAGAACUCGAAAAACAUUCACUCUCGUGGCCACGGAAGAGGCACAAAUGAGACGCUGGACUUGGGGGCGUAUUGCUUGCGCUGGUGAUUGUGUCCAUAAAAUGACGCCCAAUAUGGCUAACGAGAUUAAGAAGAUGGUUGAUGCUUCUGAGAAAGGUAAGCCAUCAUUUGAUGCAAUUAAGUACCACCUUAGCAAGUAUCAGAGCGGCCGGGAGCAGCGCACAACAGCCAUCGUGAACGCAUCUAAUGACUUGACUCGCACUCAAGCACUCACAACGUGGAAGGACCGGCUGGUUGCUUUGUGGGUUUUACCCCUCAGCAUGGAUUUGUAA